CAUACACCCCCCACCGAAAUGGGGCAGCCCCUGCGCGGCGGUGAGGGAGGUUGAGGAGGGGGGGGAAGGGGCUUCCCCUCAGAAGGGCCUGUCAGUGGGUCCCGGGGGCGCCGUGGGGGACCCUGAGGUGGAAGAAGGCACCUGUCCCUCCCCAGCCUGAUGGCGAGCCCUUCCCCUACCCCCGCCGCCGCCCGUGGUUCAGGGGGAGACUUGCGGCCCCAGGCACAGAGCAGAGCUUCCAGCUGAUGGUCCUGGAGCUGGAGGUUUGCUGGCAGGGUUGAUGGCGUAAGGACCCCACACCAGCAGCGAAACAAUUACAGAGGGAAAGAGGCUGGAAUCAAUGGUGUUGCCGGCCCUUCUCUGUUUCAAAUGGCCAACGCACCCAGCGCAAGUCUGGCAUCUGCGGACCCCAGGGUACUGGCCUUAGCUGCUCAGGUCACUGAGAGCAGAGAACAGGACAUCCCCCUGCUACUUCUGAAGUUAAAGGGAAUUUUAAAUACUGCUUCCUUGGGACGCGAAGAAGCCAAAAAAAUUAAGCAAGAUAUAUACAAUUAUGAUCUUACCCAGUACUGCAUGCUCGUCCUUAGACAAGACCACUCUCGACUGCGUGGAGGCUGGGCGACUGCUGCCCAGUUAGCAGAGAUACUAAGUCAUUGUUGUGUAGGACUAGAGGUGAAAGAAGAUCCUGAGGAAUUUCACAAGAAAUUUCUUCCUUCAGCUAUAGACAGCCUGCUGUUUUUGGGAAGACGCUUGCAAGCACGAUUUAUCCGAGCUAUCAAGGAUGAAGAAAACCAAGAUUUUUUACGCUGGUUCCAAACAGUAACUGAUGCCAUCUGCUGGCUGUUCGGUGGGCAUAUUCAACUAGCAGCAUGUGUACUGCAAAAUGAUCACUUCCUGCAGUUGUUAAUAACGGAUGAUGUUGAAACAGCAAUUAUAAUGAUGUCUGUUUUACACAAUAUUUUGAGGGUCAAUAGUUCUGUCUUGCUCCAGGUUGAUGAAAGGACCCUUCACUCUGUUUUGGAUGAACUUGUUUAUAAGCUUUCAUCUACCUCCAAUCCUGUUGUAGGAAAUGCUGCUACAAAACUCCUAUUGUUGGUGGCAAAAUGUUGCAAGCAGCUUGUGAAGUUGCUCAGAGCUCGCUACAAAGGAUUAAAAGGGCUUUUAAGUAAACAGUGGACUGGCAAAGGAUUUGACAGGGAUCUCAGUCAGCUCUUGGACCUGCUGGACUUGGAACAAUCCAGUGGAAAAGGAGAAAUGCAGAGGCAGCAUCAAGCAGCUUGUAUAAUCCAGGCUGCGUGGAGGGGAUUUCAGACAAGGAAAAGGCUGAAAAAACUACCCCAAGCAGUGACCGCUCUACAGAGAAGCUUCAGAGCUAAGCGGGAACAGGAGCUGCAGCACUUAAAAAAACAGAAGGAAGAGGAGGCUCUAAAACUGCAAAUGCAACUUCAGAGACAGAGGGCCAUGAGACUCUUCCAUGAACGACAGCUGGCCUUACUGGAAAUAAUCCAUCCCAGUCAGGUAAAUAAAUACAUGGAGGAAAUGGAGGGGAAAUCAGCAUUAACUAUCCAGAGAUUCUGGAGAGGGUAUAGAGCAAGGAGAAAUUUUCAUCAACAGAGACAAUCACUUAAGGAGUAUAAAGCAGCUGUUGUCAUUCAGAGAGCAGCUUUUAAAUUCUUGGAAAAACGAAGGAGGAGGAGACCUCUCUCUCCUUGGAAAGAUCCCAAGGGACUGACUGAUGAGCAGAGACUAGCCUUGCAGCAGAAGGUGGAUGACUACAUCAAAUUGCAUCCGGCUUCCCAAAUGUCAGAAGAAAUGAGUAAAGAAUUGCAUAUGCAGGCCCAGGAAAAGCUGGCACAGUUCCUGUUGAGGAGCAGACUGGAUCAGAGAGCAGCGCAGCGGAGAGAGACGUUACUGGCUCAGGUCAACACCGAUGUGGAGCUGCUAAUGAAUGCUCCAGGGUUAGCAGAGACCACAGGAAAAGAUCUUGAUGUCUUUAUGAGCCGAUCAGUCCCUGUAGCUACCAAGGCAAGACAAUCCCACAACACUAUGCUGAAAUACACUCGCUGGCCGUGGUGGAAGAAGCUUGGAGAUGAAUUUGUGGAGGAUGAUGUCAUUCCUGAUGAUGCCCUAAAUGCAGAACUGGGAACUCUGUUUAUUGGUGGAAGGAAAUCCUUUUAGGUAACAGGCAGAAGAAUUUCACAGUCAGCCAGACUCGUAUCUUGCACUAUGUAUUCACUUGUGUGUGUUUUUAAGGAAGGAAAACACUUGAAUUGUAAGACAAAAAGCACUGAAAAAGACCAAAGCCUUAUUUUAGUGCAUUUUACUUAUUAAGAAUCUCUUCCUGUACAUGAAUAGUUAGAUCCUAUUGAUUAUGUUGUUUCAAAUAGGAUUUAAAUACUGUAGUUGUAAACGAGAGGAUAUUUUGUAAUUUGUCCCACUUUAAAAGUAAGUUCAUAACCUUUGGCUUUUCAGUUCUUAUUCAGAUCUUAUAAGAAUUCUUAUUCUUACGUGUAAAGAAUCAUACCAUUGUAAAAGCCUGGGCUUUUAUAGCAAAACACUUUAUCUGGUGAUGUGCUUUGAGAUAAAGAUGGGUUCAGAACAAACCAAGACUCCAAUAAGAAGUCAAGCAAGGGUGGGCAAGCUGGGUGCUUAUGGCAGGGUAGAUGAGCUAACUCCAGUUAGCACAGGCAAAGCUUGGCCUGAAGAACAUCACCAGCCUCUUGGUAGCAGCAAGGGGAAAAGUAAAAGGAGGGAAAAAUGCCAGUAUUCUUGGAUUAUAUGUGUUUUCCUUUAAAAGUGUGCAGUUCUUCCCACAACCAAUGCAGUGCAUUGUUAACACAGGCACAGUCCAAACUGUUACAAGGGAUUGUAGCCUCAGUGUGACCAUCUGGACCAUCAGCUCUGUCUUCUCAAACCAUGCAGAUGCUGUUUAAUCCGGAAAGGUCUCCAGCACAGGGACCUGAUAUGCAGUGAAGACCUACAGUCAGGGGCUGAAGGCAACUGCUUAUCAAUGUGCCCAGAAAGCAAGGAGAACUCAAGGCCACAGCUACUGCUGUAGGUACCUGUGCUAUUUUUUAAGUGAGAGGCUGAGAGAGUUUUAAGAAUUAGAUCUUACCUCACUGCAGAGGAGGAAAAAGCGCAGUGAUUUCUGCCAGUUGUACGUGGGCAGCGAUACUGGUUCAGCAUGUUUGUUUUCCAUUCUCUUUAGAAGGUUUUGAGUUUUAGUUUUAGUGGAGAUGAAUGGAAAACAAAUAAAUAGAAAUAGCGGGCAGAAGCCCAAGCCCGUUCAGAUGCAGCUGAUACAUAGAAAUUAAUAACUGGAGAGCUGCCAAGAGGAAGAGCUCUGCUUUGGGUUAAUUUUUUUAACAGAGCUGUGAUUUGGAAGGCACUGAAUUGGCUCUCCGCUCCUUUCUUGGAGAGUUUACUGGUGGAACAAUCCAUUAAGUAUUUGCCAGAGCUCUUGCAUGUGUCUGUUGAGUUACAGACUGUUCUGCGCAGCCCUGCUACUAGUUUUAGGCUGUGCUUGUAAGAUGACAGGUCCCCUACAGCCACCAGCGUGGAGGGGCUGUGGGGCAGUCACCAAGCGCUCCCAGGGAUGGAAGCUACCCCCCAGCAGCUGCCAAGCUCUGGAGAAGGCCCAGCAUCUCUGGAUGAGCUGCAGUAAGCCAGCUGGUCCCUCACAAAUACACAAGUCCUCUGUGCACGGCAUAGUUCCCUCUGCCGUGUAACCACUGACCCAAACUAUUUUGAGACAGCAGCCUCUGCUGUUAUGUUUAUUCCUAAUCACCUUCAUUAUAACAGCUCUUUAGCACAGGGGGAUGUUCACAAAGGUGUUUUGCUUAAUGUAUUUAAUGUAAAGAGAUGACUCCCUCGGCCAGUGUUAAAUACCAACUGAAUUACAGAGCCAUCUUACCAAAAAGCCAUUUAUUGUAAUGGCCUCUGCCACUCGCUGCCAUUAGAGUGGGUAAUGAACUCCCCCUUUGGAAUAUGCAAUUUGCUGGAUAAUGGGGGGUUUUUAAGUGAACAGAGAGCCUGGUGGAAGGUGCAGUCUUGCUGGAGGAAUUCAAGUUGCUGCGUUGUGUAUUCCCAGCCCGGCUCCACCGCUGCUCUGGUAAAUAAAAAUGCCUCUUCUUAC